ACGUGGAAUAACUUGAGUAACAUUUUAUGGUAAAUCAUUUGAAACUUUGGGACAUUUUUUAUGUCGAAUAUAGUUGAACAGACACGUUAUAGCUAAGACAUUCUUUGCGUUUUGCUUUUUUUUUGCAAGAAUCGCAGUCAUAAUGGCUUUCACGAUGCUGAGGACAAUCGCGUCCCACUACUCUUAUGCGGACUUAAGUUUAAUGUCAGAUGAUGAUGAGAACCACAGUGGAAGCGACAGCAGUUCAGACCAAAUGUAUGGAUGCUACGCUGUUGCUGAGAAGAAGCGGGGAGCUGCGCUGAUGCCAGGCACUGGGGGGAUAGUAGUGGUCAGGCAACGCAACUCGGCCAACGCACGGGAACGCGAACGGACACAAAGCGUCAACACAGCCUUCACCGCCCUCCGAACCCUAAUUCCAACGGAACCUGUGGACCGAAAGCUCUCCAAAAUCGAGACACUUCGCUUAGCGUCAAGCUACAUCUCUCACCUCGCCAAUUGUCUGGUUACUGAAAGUGGGCAUCUGGAGGGCCAGCCAUGUCUCAGUGCGCCCGUGAUUGAGGGAAAGCAGCCUCGGACCAUCUGCACCUUUUGCCUGAGAAACCAACGCAAAGGGGGGAAGGACGGAAAAAACUGUCAGAAGCUACACUGCAAGACGCGUAUCAGUCAACGGUAGACUAAAGAGAAGUUCAAGUCUACAACCUACUUUAUGUCUUAAGCGUGGCAUCAGCUCUUCAGGUGGACAUCAUGGAGG